AUGCUACCCCACAUUCGUCAAACAUCGGCAUGGGACUGCGGAGUCGCUUGUGUCGCUAUGGUCUUGUCCGCUGUCGGCAAGACAUCAAAGGAACAUGGAGGUGUCGUCAGACUGGACGAAUUACUCAGUGCCUGCCCGAGCACUAGCAUAUGGACUAUUGAUCUGGCUUAUCUCAUGAGAUACUAUGGUGUAGAAGACUUUACAUAUUACACCUCGUAUAUAGGUGUCAACUGGAGGCACGCCCCAAAAGCAUUCUACAAGGAAUCUAUAUCACAGGAUCGUGCCCGAGUACACACAUUAUUCGCAACAGCCGUAGAACAUCGCGUCAGAAUCGCUCAAAUGAUUCUAGCACUGGACGAUGCCAAACGGUUCCUCCUAUCGGGACGAUACGCCAUAGUAGUAUUAGUCAAUCUAACACUCCUUAAAUGCCGAUUAUGCGCCAAAGAGAAUCGACGAGAUUGGAAACUAGGUGGGAGAAAUGGAUUUAGAUCAUCGUCUCCCGUACCUUCAAUACCACCGCCGUCAUCUUCAACAACACAGCCUCCACCUAUAAUAAAUAACAAUAGUAAUAAUACUAGUCUUAAUAAUUAUAAUAGUGCCAACAUAAAUUCAUCACCCCAAUCAACUGAAGAAUGGGGUCCAUUCAUAACAAAUGGACUAAGGUCACCUCCCGGAUCACCCUCAAACGUUAACGACAUGAUGGCAACAACACCAGCAACAUCCCCAUCAUCAUCUGUAGCACACUACACAAACUAUUAUCAGGGGUUUGCGUCUCCACCACGUGUAGAACGCCACGUAUCGUCAUCAUCAACAUCGUCACCACACAGAGGCACUACCCAACCACUCAGCAACCCAAUAUCACCAAACAAGCGACACACAUACCCAUCUAUAAUAUCACCGUCAACACCAUCAUCGGUAUCAGCAUGUGUCGAAUCAUGUAUAAUGCCGGCUGCAUCUGCUAUAACAUGGCCGAUCCGAACAUGUGCUCGUGCCGUAUUAGGAACAUGUGAUGCCUUGUGUGGCGGUGAAGCAGGAUGUUGGUCUUCAUCAUCCACACCCCAAACAGUAUCACCAUGGUGGUCGUAUAUACCGUGUCUCCCAUCCCGUGAAUCUCGACAGCAUCAGCAGCAACCAUCAUGGGUGUAUAGCUCGAUACCCAGCCAGCCGCCCACGCAACCCACAUCAGGGUCAUCGUCGAUGGCGUCGUCACCGAGAAGACCUGCGUCCUAUGACGCUGAUUUUGUAGGACAUUAUGUAGUGCUUGUUGCGUAUGACCAGGAACGAGACUUGUUUUGGUAUAGGGAUCCUGGUACAGCUGCUGAAUUGUGCUGUAUCAAGAGUCAGGUGCUGGAAGAGGCGAGAGGUGCUAGUGGGACGGAUUGGGAUGCUAUUGUUGUAAGAGUGAGAUGA